AUGGAUCACUGGGAGCAGAACCAAGUUGUUAUGAGGGAAGAUAUGACCGUUGUGAAAGCCCAGAUGGGUCAACGUGUUAAAGCCAUACGAGCUUUGGCUAGAGGACAGAAGGAAAUGCGUCAGGCCAACCUGAGAGUCGUCGCUGCCAACCCUGCUGUUAUGACAAUACCAGUGAAUCCCCCAGGAGGAGAUGGUACUCUUGUUGUAACUCAACCACCUCCCGAGAGAGUCCCAGUGUAUCAAAAUGCUGCUCAGACAUUCGACAUCCCUAUCAAUGGGAGAACGCAACCUGAGAUCGACGAUCAUCAAGAUGCUUUCUUCACUACAAGGGAUGAUUCAGUAUACGAUGCUUUUGGUUCCUCUCUGGCGAACUUCAAACGAAGAUUCCGUAUGAUGGAAGACAAACUAAAGGCAAUAGAAGGUCCUGAUACCUUUGGGUUAGAUGCAACCUACAUGUGCCUAGUGCAAGGCGUGAAAAUUCCUCCGAAGUUCAAGGUUCCAAACUUUGAAAAGUAUCAAGGGAUCACUUGUCCUAAGACUCACAUCCGAGCUUUUUGUAGAAAGAUGGUUGCUUAUUCUGAUGACGAGAAACUUCUAAUGCACUAUUUCCAGGACAGUCUUAGUGGAGCUUUUCUAGAAUGGUAUAUGCAGCUUGAGCGCACACAAAUAUGA